GUCUGCCUCAGUUCAGUAUCAGUAGGUAGUGAACCAGUCAAGUGUGCGAGAUCCAGUCUCGCUUCUCAGUUUACUGUGUCAACAACUUCAUAUCAUCCGACCCUCUGAAGCGAGGGAGAGAUGGAGGUUAAAACCCCUGAUGUGUGUACUGAGUAUUUCAGGGAAAUUGUAUUAAGUGAAAUCCCUAAAGUGCUUGAAACACUCAAUAGAGAUUGGCCAAAGCACUUUGUGCUUCAUCAACUUCUUCGGGUUUUUAUGGAAUACCAGAAAAAGAAAACCAAGUUCAAGAACUCCUUAUACCUCUAUGGGACCUUGCAUGAUGGGGUGUUCUUGAAUAUCACAAAAAUGGAGCUUGGGGAUAAGGAAGCAAUAAAGAUUUAUGUUGAUGCAACCGCAAGAGAUACAAGCAUGGUGACAAAGGCUCUGUCAGAAACUGAUAUUAUUCCAUGGGAGAAGACUUUUACCUUCACCCAUAUACACUCAGACUACUCCACCAUCAUUCAGGGUGUCUUGGCAUCUCACAAAGCUAACAGCUUCGAUGUAUCUCCCAACAACAUGUUCUGGUUUCCAUCUGGAAAAACAAUCAGAAUGUCGGAGUUGCCCCAAGACACAAUUUGUGAUUUCCUGGAUGGAUCUCAUGCUGAUGAAAUGAAUCAAAACUGGCCACAUCGAAGUCCACGAUCUGAGUUGGUUCUUAAAGAGAAUAUAGAAAAAAACUUUGGAUUGGGAAUAUUCCGUAUCUCUGAUCGCCUACUGAUAUCUUCAGCUCUGUGCAACUACGCGGGAGGGAUCUUUGUGUUAUACACAAAUCCUGAGUUCCGAGGCAGGUCGUAUGCUUCAAAGCUGGUACAACGAAUGGUCCUAGAGAUCCGGAAACGAGGAUGGAUUCCUUUCUGCACAGUCAUCCUCGGUAACAAGAGAUCCGAGGCUGUCUUUCGCAAUGUCGGUUUCGAAAAGUUUUCCUUCGCUGACUACCUCAUCGCUCGAUAAUCUCCAAAUCGUCAUGACAAGAUUAGAACUAUUACAGAGCAGUUUUUGUGUUAGUUAACCCUAGCAGUGGCCAACCGUCGUCUGGUGACGGUAUGACGUUGAUGCUUAGAAUGGCCAAAGUCGUCUGGUGACGGUAUGGGCCGAAAUUUUUUUAACGGUAAAAAAACACUUAUAAUCAAUUCAGAUGAGAAUAAUAUAUAUACCAUUCGAAAGAUCA